CAAGCACAGCCACAGAUGUCUCGACAAGUACAACAUCUACACCUGUUGCAACAUCAACAACAAAAGGAAUCACAACCACUACUUCCAUCUCAGUCGCUGUUCCUGUUACCACAGUACCUGGUUCUGCCAUCACAAUACCAACUGGAGAACCCGUCACUGUUCCUGUUACUGGUUAUACAACUACAACCACAUCUGUGGCCCCCUCAACUACUGUUUCAAGCACAGCACCAACAUUGGCUAUGACAACUACCAGCACAACUCCAACAACUACUUCUACUACUACGACAACAACUACCACAACGACUGCACAUCUUGCAGUGGUUACAUUACAAGUCACCAUACAAGAGGUUUUUGUACCAGCUUUGAGUAAUCCUCAAAGCACAGAAUUUCAAACACUUGCGGUAUCCUUUACUUCAGUGUGUGACGUGAUCUAUCAAGCAAAAUAUGGGAUUCUUUUCAUCCGGACGAUUGUCAUUUCAUUCAUACCAGUGUUCCAUUCUCGUAUGGCAGCAGACACACAGGUGGAGCUGGAAGUGGUGUUCAAUGACACCGCCAUUGCAACUAUCGCUAAUGCAACUAUGCCCAAGGACAUUGACGUUAAAGAUACACUGAAAGAGGCUGUGACCAAUCCAAACUCUACCUUCAACCUCUCUGUGGUUCCAAACUCCAUCACUAUUAUCAGGACCCCAAUUAUAACCACAAAUUUCACAACAAAUACAGUGGCUCCUCCUAUCAUCAUAACCGAUAUGAACACAAUGACUGCCCCUACCACCACAACUGCUGUGACCGCAAUGACCACGCCAACCACCACAAGCGCUCCAUCCACCACAACCGUUGCAGCCACCAUUACACUUACUACAGUGCCUGUGGAGUUCACUUCUAGAGAGACAUUUACCUCCGACCUAUCAAACUCAUCCUCUCAGGCCUUUCAAACGCGAGCAUCACUGAUUAAAACACAGCUUGAACCUUUCUAUCAAUCAGCUUUCACAUCAUUCAACAGUUUGACAGUGACCGAAUUCAGAAAUGGAUCAAUCAUCAACACUAUGAAUUUAGCAUUUAGAUCUUCUGUCCUCAAUUCCACGAAGAUUCGGACCAUUUUAAUAAAUUCUGCUCAGAAAAUCACAGUUUUCAACAUUGACACCACCACAAUUAAGGUCAAUGGCACAGGUGGCCAUACAUCUGCUGUUCCUACUACAACUACUGAGGCUGGCACAACCAUCACAAAACCAACUGGAAAACCUGCCACUGUUCCUGUGACUGGGCCUGCAACCACAACAACAUUUGUGGCCCCCACAACUACAGUUUCAAGCACAGCAUCAACAUUAACCAUGAAGACUACCAAGACAACCACUACCUUAACACCAUCUACUACAACAACAACAACGCCAAUAACAACCAAAACAACUGCACAUCCUGUCGUGUUUACAUUAAAACUCACAAUUGAAGUUGUAUAUGUACCAGCAUUGACCAACACUGAAAGCACAGAAUUUCAAACACUUGCACUAACCAUUACUUCAGAGUGUGAUGAGAUCUACCAAUCAAAAUAUGGGAUCAUUUUCAUCCAGACGAUCGUCAUUGCAUUCUUACCUGUGUCCCGACGUUCCCUUAUGCCAGCAGAAAUACAGGUGGAAAUGGAAGUGGUAUUCCAACAGAUCUCCGCAGAAUCUAGGAUGAGUAAUGACAUUGAAAAUACACUGAAAGAGGCUGUGACCAAUCCAAACUCCAACUUCAAUUUCUCUGUGUAUCCGGACUCCAUCACUGUUAUUAGGGUCCCAAAUACAUCCACAGGUGCCACCACAAUUACAAUGGCUAGUCCUGUCAUCACAACCGUUGUCCCAGCUGCUGCAACCACUACAACUGCUGCUGCCACCACAACCUCUGUGGCUACAAAUACACUCACUACAGUGUCUGUGGAGUUCACGUCCAAAGGAGAGACAUUUAUCUCCGACCUAUCAACCUCAUCCUCUCAGGCCUUUCAAACUCGAGCAUCACUGAUUAAAACACAGCUUGAACCUUUCUAUCGAUCAGCUUUCACCUCUUUCAACAGUUUGACAGUAAUAAAAUUCAGAAAUGGAUCAAUCAUUAACACCAUGAAUUUAGCAUUUAGCUCCUCCGCUGUGCCAAAUUCCAAGGAAAUUGGCACCGUGUUGAUAAAGGCUGCACAAAACAUCACAGCUUUCAACAUCAACCCCACGUCAGUUACUGUCAGUGGUGAAGUUGUGACCUCAAGUGGAAUAAGCAGCAAGACCAGUCUCUUCACUGCUUCCUGUCUGGUGGUGUUGUCGCUGCUGCUGUCAAGCUAGUCUCAGCAGCAAGCAGCAGUAUGAAAUAUCUUCACUUUGAAAAUGUAUUUACCUCAUGUCCCCCACUCCCAUCAUAUAUAAUGGCAACCUAUUUAAUCAGUAUUUGUUAACCUAAGUUGAUUCUCAUUAUAGCUAUAGUUAUUAUAAUCAUCAUUCAAAUUGAA